UUGCACACAAGAUGGCGGCGCCCAGCGGAGUAGGGGCUGCGCUUGGGGUUUGCUGAAGCUGGUUGCCUCUCCCACUCCCCUUUUGGGUGCAAAGCGCCACUAACGGGAGGACGGGGGCCGGGCGGGGACAGGGGCACCUGCGUAGCUGGACUGCGAGCCCGCGCCCAGCUUGCGUCGACCCCACCCGGCCCCGGCCCGACCCGACCCGACCCGACCCGAUCCGAUCCAAUCCGAUCCCAUUCCAUCCGUUCCCCGUCUCCUCCCGGUCUGACCCAUUGCCCGGCCGUGGUUCCCCAUCUUCAAAACCUGGACUCUUGGACUGGCACCUGGCCCCCUUUCCCUCUACCAAGACUCCUCUUCCCUCUUACCCACUUCUUCCUCAGAUUCUUGGUACCCCCUGUGUUGGAGACCGCUCAUUUUCCUUCCAAAUUAAUCCCAGACCCCCUAAAAUAUUGACAACCUUGACAACCCCACAACCGAGGAGCCAGACUUUCUUUUGGACUAACCUCCAUAGCCCUAUCAUGGAGGCAGUGUACCUGGUAGUGAAUGGGGUGGGCCUGGUGCUGGACGUGCUGACCUUGGUGUUGGACCUCAACUUUCUGCUGGUAUCUUCCCUCCUGGCUUCCCUGGCCUGGCUCCUGGCCUUCGUCUACAACCUGCCGCACACGGUACUGACUAGUCUUCUGCACUUGGGCCGCGGAGUCCUGCUUUCAUUGCUGGCCUUGAUCGAAGCCGUGGUCCGGUUCACAUGUGGGGGCUUGCAGGCCUUGUGUACCCUGCUCUAUAGCUGCUGCUCUGGCCUGGAGAGCCUAAAGCUCCUGGGGCACCUGGCCUCUCACGGGGCACUGCGGAGCAGGGAAAUACUGCACCGGGGCGUCCUCAGUGUGGUCUCCAAUGGCCAUGCUUUGCUGCGCCAGGCCUGUGACAUCUGUGCCAUUGCCAUGAGCCUGGUGGCUUAUGUGAUCAACAGCCUGGUCAACAUCUGCCUCAUCAGCACUCAGAACCUCUUUUCCCUGGUGCUGGCCCUGUGGGAUACAGUGACCGGGCCUCUGUGGAGGAUGACGGAUGUAGUGGCUGCCUUCCUAGCCCACAUUUCCAGCAGUGCUGUGGCCAUGGCCAUCCUCCUUUGGACACCCUGCCAACUAGCCCUGGAGCUGCUGGCCUCAGCUGCCCGCCUCCUGGCCAGCUUUGUGCUUGUCAAUCUCACUGGCCUGGUGUUGCUAGCUUGUGUGCUGGCAGUGACGGUGACUGUAUUGCAUCCGGACUUGACCCUGAGACUGGCUACCCAGGCACUCAGCCAGCUCCAUGCCCGGCCAUCCUACCACCGUCUUCGAGAGGAUGUCAUGCGGCUCUCUCGCCUAGCACUGGGCUCAGAGGCCUGGCGCCGAGUCUGGAGCCGCAGCCUGCAGCUGGCAAGUUGGCCGAACCGCGGAGGGGCACCUGGAGCCCCCCAGGGUGACCCUAUGAGGGUGUUCUCAGUUAGGACCCGGAGACAGGACACUUUUCCUGAAGCGGGGCGCAGAUCAGAGGCAGAAGAGGAGGAGGCCAGGACCAUCAGAGCGACAUCUGCCAGGGGCCGAGAGAGGCUCAACGAUGAAGAGCCUCCAGGCGGGCAAGACCCGUGGAAGUUGCUGAAGGAGCAAGAGGAGCGGAAGAAGUGUGUCAUCUGCCAGGACCAGAGCAAGACGGUGUUGCUCCUGCCCUGCAGGCAUCUGUGCCUGUGCCAGGCCUGCACUGAAAUCUUGAUGCGCCACCCCGUCUACCACCGCAACUGCCCGCUGUGCCGCCGGGGCAUCCUGCAGACCCUCAAUGUCUACCUCUGAAGACUCCUUCCCUACCUGCCCACCCCUCCACGCUCCACGCAGGCACUCACGCUAGGACAGCAUUAACACCGCAUCUCCGGGUCCUGGUCUGAAUCCCUCCUACCCCUGUGGCUGUCCUGCCAAGUCUCCAAGCCAUACAUCCUGGACAUUGAGAUGGAAGACUAUGAUCUGGGUGGGGGCAGGAUAACAUAGCUUCUCCUUACCCAGUGGGUCCCUUCGAUGCUGAGUUUGGUGAGUAUGUCACUAUGCAAGGGCCUUGAGACUGUUUGCUGUGGGCUCUCGUCCAGCUUGCCCAGGGCCCACCCAGCUGCGUCUGGGGUUACCCUUCUCUGCUUCUGGUUUUUCUGUUGGAGAUCUGUAGGUCCUUCUCCUGCCUCCUUCACAUUUCCUCCCCAGCUUUUGUGGCCACAACAUAUCAGUGUUAUUUGAGUGUUUUGGCAACUCAGGGGCCUUCGGAUGAUCUUGAACCUUUGUGUUCAGCCAGAGCCCCUGUGCCCUGGUAGGCUUUGGGGUUAGUAUCUCUCAGGUACCCUCAGAGCCACCUCUGCCUGUCAUCGUCUGAUGAGGCUCCCUCCCAACCUGAUCCAAAAGCUGGGCUCACGAGUUUACCCCUGGGAUGGGGGAUGCAUCUGCACCUGACUUUGGGACCAUGUGCUCUCUGGCACCCCAGCUCACUGCAAGUCUCAGGAGGGAUAACCAGAUUUCUGCUCAUUCCCCUUCCACUCCCACAUCACACAGAAAAAUGGCAUUCCUCUCUGUCUCUCCCUGGCAUUGGAGAGGGCAGACUGUGCACAGUUCACUAGGGUCCAAAUACAGAAGGGGCCAGGGCCCAGGGGCUUGCAGCUUCCUGAGGGGUCUCUGGCCCAGUUUCCUAUGAAUAAAGUUAUCUUGACAGCUCUGA